AUGACUACCCAAUUAAGGUAUGAAAAUAAUGACGAAGAUGAAAGAGAAGAGCACAACCUCUUUACCAAUAGAUCCACGGUGAUGGCAAAUUUUGAAGAAUGGAUCAAAAUGGCUACAGAUAAUAAAAUCAAUUCGCGAAAUAGUUGGAAUUUUGCAUUGAUUGAUUAUUUUUAUGACUUGGACGUCCUGAAAGAUGGCGAGAAUAAUAUUAAUUUCCAAAAGGCAUCAGCCACGUUAGACGGGUGUAUUAAGAUUUAUUCUUCAAGAGUUGAUUCAGUGACAACAGAGACAGGGAAAUUGCUGAGUGGAUUAGCGCAAAGGAAGACAAACGAUUCAUCUAAUGGAAGCGACGGUACCAACGGAAAUGGUCAAGGACUUGAAGAUGACGACGAUGAAGAGGCAAACGUGCAGAUCGAUCCAUUAACUGGUAUGCCCAUUUCGAAUGACCCUGAUGCGAACAAUACAAGGCGAAGAGUUUACAAUCGUGUUUUAGAAACCACCUUGGUGGAGUUUGAAACAAUUAAGAUGAAAGAGUUAGACCAAGAACUAAGCAUUGACCCAUUGUUUAAGAAAGCCUUGGUAGACUUUGAUGAGGGCGGUGCUAAAAGCUUAUUAUUGAACACAUUAAAUAUAGACAGUACCGCAAGAGUUAUAUUUGACGCUUCUAUCAAGGAUAACCAGCAAAUGACUCAAGAUGAAGCCUUUCAAGAUCAAAGCCAAGAAGACGAUCCAAUCGAAGCAAACAGUGUAGUGAACAGUGAUAAUGAGCACAGCCAGUCACUACUUAGUAGCUGUAACGAUUCAAUGCUAAACAUUUCAGUCGCGAAUGCUCCCUCAAUGGAGGAUGAGAUUUUAUCCCUUGGUAUGGACUUCAUAAAAUUUGACCAGAUUGCUGUUUGUGAAAUUUCAGGAUCAAUUGAGCAACUUAGGAACGUUGUCGAAGACAUCAAUAAAGCAAAAGGUUUCAUAGAGAAUGUGAAUACGAAAUUCGAUAACUUUUUGACGGAAGAAGAACUACAAGAGGCUGUCCCAGAUAAUGCCGAAGACGGUAUCGAUGAACUUGAUAUGGGCAUGCAGCAGGAGCUAGAAUAUCCUGACGAUAAUCAUGAUAAUACUCCCCAAGAUGAGGAGGUUGAUCAAGAUGAUGGGAAAAGCGAUACCGUAGGAGGCAUAUUUGAAAAAGAUCUAAUGACAUAUUUUGAUGAGAACCUAAAUAGAAAUUGGAGAGGAAGAGAGCAUUGGAAAGUACGUAAUUUCAAAAAAAUGAACACAGUGAGUAAAGGAGCUGAUGCAUUAACAAAAACACCAGCUCCUGUAGGAGAUUCUACGAGCAAAAACACCGAGAAUGACAAGUUAACGGAUGCUAAGAAGAAGAGCAAACAAAAAAAGACUUUAGAAAUUGAUUUUUUCCAAAAGGAUGAUGGGUUUGAAGAUAAGAUUUUUGGACCCAAGGGACGAACAAAGAUUGAUAUGCCAAUAAAGAAUAGGAAAAACGAUUCGCAUUAUUUGCUACCAGAUGAUUUCCAUUUUUCUACUGAUAAGAUUACAAGAUUAUUUAUCAAACCGGGACAAAAGAUGAGCCUUUUUCAACAUAAGAGACAUUCGGCGGGCGAUACUAGCUCAAGGGCUCUUGACAAAAGUACGUCCUCUACCAAUGCUACAAACAAUGAUGCUCCUGCUAUUGCAGAUGAGCAUUUUUGGGCAAAUAACUAUGAAAGGAUAGAACAAGAACAAAAAGAAAUAGAAAAUUCUAAGGAAGUUGGCGAUGUGGUUGGUGGGGCACUGGAUAACCCAUUCGAAGAUGAUAUGGGCGGUAUCGAUUUUAACCAAGCUUUUGAAGGGGCUGAUAACAGCGAGGAAGGGAGCGUGAAACUAGACUUACAGGAUGACGAAGAACAUAAAUUCCCCAUUAGGGACAACAAGGUCACAUAUUCAAGGGUCUCAAAAAAGGUUGACGUGAGAAGGUUAAAGAAAAACGUAUGGAAAUCGAUAAAUAGUUUGAUACAAGCACAAGAUGCCAAAAAAGAGGAUACACUUCCUAAAGAGGAUGAAACUUCUAAAGAAGACGAACCACCCAAAACAGACGAACCCCCCAAGACAGACGAACCUCUUGAAGAAGAUGAGCCUCCCACAGUGGAUGAGCCUUCCAAAGAGGACGAGCCUCGCAAGGAACUUAAAUUUUCUGAAAUUAUCCAAGGUAUAAGUAAGAUGUACUCGGAUGAAACGUUAAAGGACAUCUCUACGAGUUUUUGUUUUAUAUGCCUUUUACACCUGGCUAAUGAGCAUGGGUUGCAGAUAACCAGCACAGACAAUUACGAUGACUUGAUAGUGAACUAUGAGGAUCUGGUGACAGUACAAACAGCGUCAUGA